AUGCAGCCGGAAUUGUGUUCCCGUGGCACCGGCUCCUUGUUCCAGGAGAGGACGGGGUCGGCUGCCUCCGACCCGACCGCCAACCCGCCCUCCCAGCCUGCCCCACCGCACUACCACCCCUCCUGCUCCUCCCACGUGUCCUCUCUGAGCAACUUCAGUAUCACAGGAACGCUCCCAGACCCCAGCACCACUGCAGCCAUCCCCUGGUACGACAUGAGCCUCCCCACACGCAGGGGUCCAGCAGGCUGCACCGGGCGCCCCCCUCACAUUCGCUCCCUCAGUGACAGCAGGGACAGCGGGUACCCACACUCUUAUGCCUCGGUCAGGAGGAGAACACAGAGCGUGGGGGUGGGUACGCACGCUGACGAGGAGGAGGAAGAGGAUGAUGACGAAGAAGAGGACGGAGGUUCAGAGGAGGAAGGUGCAGAGGAGGAGGACGACACGGAGGACAGGGACAGGCAUAAGAAGUCUGCAGCAGGACACCACCAUCAUCACUAUAACCACCGGCACUUCCUCUACCCCCCUCCCUCUCCCCUGGGACCCCCGCCCGACCCUGAACACGACCUGGACCUCAUCGACCAGAGCUCAUACUGCGGUGUGGAGACUGCCGCGGCCUCAGCAGCGGUGCGCAGGCGUUUGGCUCACUUCCUGCGUGCGGCGGACAGCAGUAUGCAGAGACGCCUCGCCAAAGUGAGCACAGAGCUGGCCCAGACAGAUACGGAGCUCUUGUGUGAACGUGCACACUCCCAACACCUGGCCCAAGAGCGGCGUGAGGUGGCCCAGAGGCAACGCUCCCUCAGCAGGCAGGUGGAUGUGGCUGUCAUGGUCAUCGCUGCACUGAGGGAGCAGAUCAACGCCUCGGAGAAUGAGCUCGAGCGGAGAGAGAGAGAGGUGAUUACCAUACAGAAGUUCUUGGAGGCAGCAGCAAGGCAAGAGACGAGCGGCAAAGUCCGAAUACAGCACUUUAUUGAGAACUUGCUAAGUCGCAUUGCUCUGGCAGAGAAACUAGUGGAGUAUUACCAGGUGAACGGCAGCCCUCCGCAGUACAACCACUACCAGCAGCACCAACCGGCAACCAGUAAUGGACCUCACAGAAUCACUAAAAGCAAGUCUGCCGGGGGCCCUCUGUCCUCAGGGUUCCCUGACAACAGGAGCCAUUGCCCAGGCCAUAUGUGCAGGGGGCCCGGGCUGCCUAAAGCCUGUGUGGAGCGGGACCUGGAGAGGGAGCACCGCGAGAGGCUAGCCCACUCCUCCAGGCUCUUCUGCAGACCUGAGCACAGGGACGGCAUCUGGAACUACCAGAGGAGGCGCUCUGCGGGCUAUGAGGCAUAG